UCCACCCUCUCUUCGAGUUUCCGAUAAAAAUCGAGAGACGCCAAAAAAGGCAUGAGAAGCAUAUUCUCAGCUUCCCAGCUCCUCAACAGAUCAUCGUCGCUCGUUUUUGCCAGACUCUCAAUCUCCCCGAAAAUCUGUGCAUCAUAUCUCUCGUAUACUCAUCGAACUCUCUCGAUCAUGGCUGCUGGUACAAGUGCAGACGAUUUCGUUAAGGGAAAUGUUCAUCCGAACGGCGUCGCUGUAAUCACUCUCGAUCGCCCCAAGGCUCUCAACGCCAUGAAUUUAGAUAUGGAUAUCAAAUACAAAAGUUUCCUUGAUGAGUGGGAAAUCGAUCCGAGGGUCAAAUGUGUUCUCGUCGAGGGCAGCUCGCCUCGUGCAUUCUGUGCAGGAAUGGAUAUUAAAGGGGUUGUCGCAGAAAUUCAAAAGGAAAAAAGUGGUGAUGUGAAGCAGAUUACAGCCAAAAAACACCUAUCAGAUAUGAUUGAGGUAUUUACAGCCGAGUAUUCACUUAUAUGCAAAAUUUCUUCGUACAAGAAGCCAUAUAUUUGCUUCAUGGACGGCAUAACAAUGGGUUUUGGAAUUGGCCUAUCCGGACAUGGUCGCUAUCGAAUUGUGACCGAGAGGACUGUUCUUGCAAUGCCUGAAAAUGGAAUCGGUUUGUUCCCAGAUGUUGGAUUUGCACAUAUAGCAGCACAGAGUCCAGGAGAUGGAUUAGUUGGCACUUAUCUUGGAUUGACUGGGAAAAGGAUUUCUACACCAUCUGAUGCACUGUAUGUUGGCCUUGGAACACACCAUGUCCCAUCUGGAAAUCUUGGCUCACUGAAGGAAGCUCUUUUGGGAAUGACAUUUUCCCAGGAUCCCCAUCAGGAAAUCAAAGCAUUGUUAGCAAAAUAUAGCAGUGACCCUGAUUCUGAGCCCCUGUUGAAGAUGUUUUUACCUCAGAUAGUCUCCUGUUUUGGUGGCAAUAAGUCAGUUAAGGAGAUUAUUGAGGAGCUGAAAAAGCAUCAAUUGAAUGGUGAUGCCACAGUUGUAGAUUGGGCUAAUGAGGCUCUUCAAGGUCUUGGGAAGGGUGCGCCAUUUUCACUAUGCUUAACACGAGAGCAUUUUUCAAGAGUUGCAUCUGCUCACAGGAAGAACGAUAUUAUUUUAUCCUCGCUAGAUGGCGUGAUGAGGACUGAAUAUCGCAUUGCCCUAAGGUCGGCCCUGCGAGAUGACUUUGCUGAAGGUGUUAGAGCAGUCUUGGUGGAUAAGGACCAGAACCCUAAAUGGAACCCGUCAAGCUUGGACGAAGUUGAUCAAGGUGAACUAGAAGCUCUCUUUGAACCGCUAGGACCUGAAGUUGGGGAGCUUAGAGUGUGAUUUUGCUGUGAAAUUGGCCAUAUCUCAGCAUUGCAAUGACAUGAACACUGAACAUAUCAGAAACACAGUGUAUAAGUUAUAAUAAUGGCUUUGAGUCAAUUAUGUUUUUGAUUAUUGGUUCUGCAAUUUGUAAGCCUAGGUAUUAAGUUGAAUGCAAGGACUUUUAUUUGGUAGACUUGUGUUUUUCAGUAUGUGUUUUAGAUUGACUACUUGACUGGAUUGCAUU